AUGUCUACGGAAACAAGAAGACGCCAAAACGGUCAACCACAGGCCUGCGAGCCAUGUCGCAAGUCCAAGAUUCGCUGUGACCACAAAAGCCCCAAUUGUUCGCGCUGUGUCCUGCGCAAUCUGAAUUGUGUCUACCAUCCUGCUCCUAUGACCAAGCACAAGUCUUCAUCCACGAAUCACAAUCCCGUACGCUUCGUGACCCCGCGUACUACCAUCACGGCCCGUUCUUUCGGAACAGAGUCCUCAUUGCCCUCUGUUGCAGAUCCGGAAAGCUUGGAGCUUUCAGCUAGCUACGAUGUAGUCGAGCGGAACCCACUAUUUCAGAAGGAAGUUGAUCGACACCAGACGACUCGAUUCUCCGCAGUCUUCUUCGAGAACCAGGAGAGUUUUAUCCCAGUAAUCAGAAAUGUGACGAAUUCAAACUGUGAGACAGGUCGAGAGCCUGAUAUGACGGCCGGAUCUCGCAUGGAACUGGCCAUCAACACCCUCAUGACCUUUCCCACAGCUCGUACUUGUGACAUGUUGAUGACGGGUCUCCAUCAUAUUUACGAUAUUUGGUUGUCCCCAACUAUGAUCCAGCAAUGUCUAGAGCAGGUGUGGAGAGAGUACAGAAAUUGUCUGGGCGUGCAUCGAACACGGGAGUCAGUGUCAAAAAUGGCAAAUGAUCUUUUUCUUAAUGACAAAAAGCUUCAUCCAAUAUCCAGCGAGAAUUCUGAUGCCAGUUUUGACCGCGCAGGUUGGGUGAACUGGUUUUCCGGCACCUACCUGCGGUGGGAAAUGAUCGGAAUCCUGUUUAGCUGGGCUGGUAUUGCUUUCAAACACAAACCGGAAUGGGACUCAGUUUUUAAAUUACCAGAGCAACAGACGCGAAAUUGCAACGCUGCCGCAGACAAGAUGAGAGAAUGUGCCAAUGCCUGUGUGAGACUUUGCGAAUAUCGUUUUGAAGUCAGUGAUAUCAUGGUCAUUUGCAUGAAGAACAGUAGCAAAUUGCAAAGUUUGAUUAUUAAUGACGAGAGUGAUCGUAUCCGAGUUGACUUUGGCACCGUGGGAAGUGCUUUCAUAACAGCAGGGCUACAUCGCCUGCCAUCCCUUGACAAGGUCACGCCAUUUUCCCAAUACCGAGCAUGUAUCGCGUCGUCCAUGUACUACCUAGACAAAUGUGAGAGUUUGUUCAAUGCGCGUCCACCUAUGCUGAGUCGUCGUUACUGUCAAUAUCCACUUCCGCUCGAUCUUUGCGAGGAGGAUCUCUAUGGAGGAAGAGAAAAACUGGCAGCUGCCUUGGCGAGGCUUGACUCGAAUGGCUGGAACACAGAUGGCCGAAUCUAUACGACAACAUGGCUUAGAGCACUUUCGAUGCUCAGUCCCAUCAGAGAGGGAAUAUUGGAACUCUCACUGAGCGUGGUGGAUAUGCCGUUCACGAAAUUAGAAGUGGAGAGUCUUAUUAUCCAAUUGAGGCAGAUAGUUGCUUCCUAUCCUUCACACAUCCAGUAUCACCGUAACUCAGAAUGGCCGUUGGAGCCAACCUUAGGUUUACAUUCGCGAAGCGCUCACGAGAUGUACAUCAUUACCCGUAUACAGCUCGAUGUAUUGCAAUGCCACUUCCUUCUACAGCGUCUUCUGGUCUCGCGGCAAUUCAACAGCGGCCAGGAAUUGUUUGAUGUCGCUCAGGAGACGAUAUCUAUCAUCGUAUCCCUUUGGCAGAAUCGCGAUCAAUUACAAGAGCUUAGUUAUGCUUUUAACUGGAUUACUGUAUCAUACGGAAUGCCCUGUGCGGGAAUUCUCUGUAUUGAACUUCUCCGAGCGUGCAACCUUGCACCGCCUUCACCAGCAACAGAUUCUUCGAUGACAGCAGCUGUCCACUCGCUUGUUCAGGUUUCCCGGUCCGAGGUCGUCCAAAAUCUAACCAUGUUCGGAGCCGUACUUGACUGGAUACGGCCUACAAAUAACAAUGCCCAGCUCAGUAGAAAGUUUAAGAAAGUUCUCCAGAGGAUUAUUGAUACUGUGUUCGACUCUCUGGGCCCAUUGCAGGAUGCUCAAGCCCGCCCAAGAUUGAAUGAACAUCAGACUCGAAGACAGUAUGGGUUACAAGACCAGCAAUCGCGAGGAAAUAUUUAUACCACCAGCGAGCAGGAUCUCGAUCCUGCACAGGCCACAAUCGACGACAUGGAUUGGCUGAACACUGUUGAUUGGACACAGGGAGGUUGGCUCGAACAGACCCUAACGACAGCAAUGGAUCGCGCUUUCCCUGUCAAGUCUCUACCAUCUACUGCUCGUUGCCUUCCAGUUGAAGACUCAACUGUGCCAUUUUGGCAUAGAGAUAUCCAUGAGCUACAUGAUCACCGGACAACAGAAGAACUUCCGGCCUCUAGCGAUGUGGUCAUAAUAGGAGCUGGUUACGCUGGAAUCAGCACAGCUUACCAUCUAGUCAAAGAAGAGGCCGGUGACAGCAAGUUGUCAGUCACAAUCUUAGAGGCCCGUGGCGUAUGUUCGGGUGCGACAGGACGUAAUGGCGGCCACCUGCGACCCGACAUGUAUAGUCCCAUGCCGAAAUUCAUCGACCGAGCUGGUAUCGAAAGCGCUCUCGAGGUGACGGAGUUCGAAGUCGCGCAUCUAAAGGCUAUCAAGUCCUUGGUCGAAAGAGAGAAAAUCGACUGCGACUUUACCCUUACCAGGUCCAUCGAUGUUUGGUGUAACGAAGGAGAUGCUAUGAAGUCUAUGGGAAAAUAUGACAUGCUGGUAUCCCGGAAUCUGGAGUACAUCAAAGACGUAUUCUUCGUGCUUGGAAAGGAUGCAGAGGGCAUCUCCGGAGUCAAGGGAGCCAAAGCUUGCGCUUCCUUUACGGCAGCUACUCUCUGGCCGUAUAAGCUGAUCCUGCAUCUCACCAAAUUAAUUCUCGAGACUGGCUUAGUCAACCUUCAAACUCAUACGCCAGUGAUGGCAGUUACACGGCAAACCUCCGGUGGGUUUAUCAUUACCACUCCACGCGGCGCAACGUUUGCUCGAAAAGUAGUUUAUGCAAAUAACGCCUACGUCUCGCGACUUCUUCCGCAAUAUAGUCAAGCCAUUGUACCCUGCAAAGGAUUGUGUACUCAUAUUUCGGUCCCGGAGGGUACAAGAUCACCUUUACUCAACAAUUCCUAUAUUGUGCGUGAACGGGAAGGGAUAGUAUCAUAUCUCAUUCCACGUGCUGACGGUAGUAUCGUUGUUGGGGGAGCCAAUUUGAAAUAUUACCCCUUCUUGGAGCAGUGGUACGAUAAUGUGGAUGAUUCAACUCUCAUCGAGGAAGUGAAAGAUUAUUAUGAUGGUUAUAUGCAGAGGAAUUUUCAUGGAUGGGAAGAAACUGGCGCUAAAGUAGAUAAAUCAUGGACUGGGGUUAUGGGGUAUAGCUGGGAUUCUCUUCCUCAUGUCGGUGCUUUACCAGGUGAAAGUGACCAGUACGUCCUUGCAGGCUUCAAUGGACACGGGAUGCCUGUCGUAUACCUUUCUGCUUUGGGUAUUGCUAAGAUGAUCAGAGAUGGUGUCGAUUUUAAAGAUACAGGUGUACCGAGAUUGUUCCAAACGACCCUAGAGAGGCUCAACAAGAUCGAGAACGGUCCUGCAGGAGGAGAUAUACUUGCUAGGGAUUCAUGA